AUGAAAUUCCUCGUCGCAAUUCUCCUCGCCUUCUGUCUUCUCCACGUCAUCACUGCCGACAUCUUCUGUAACGACCGUGGAAUCUGUACCGGGGAUGGUGCCCCUGCUGCUGAUACUCGUUGUGGAAACUGUCAUUCAUGUACUUAUAAGAACUGUUGUCAUGUCCGAUUCACCAAUCCAUACACUAAAUGUAACAUUCCCGGAUGGACUUCUGAUGCCUACAACAACAUUCAUGGAUAA